UGUGAAUUUUGUGAGUGGUUCUGUUGUGUUUUGAUUUAUUUUGAAGAAUUAACUAAAAAGUUUUAUGAAGCCGUGCCCAUCUAGAAUAACUGAUUAGGAGAAAGACUUUCGCUUAUUGCGCUAUAAUUUGUUGAGGGUGUUGUUCCAAAAUUAUUAUUGACAAGUGCUAUGUUUAUUUUUUAAAAUUUUGAUUUGAAAAUGGCUGCCACAGAAGAGGAUGAAGUCAUACGAGAAACAUUUAUGGUGAAAAGAUCCCAGAAUAAGAAAAUUUUUACUCCAAUCAAUUACAAGGAACGCUGGUUUGUCCUCACUCGCAAAGCUCUAAUCUACUAUGAUUCUGAUGGCCAAAAACGUAAGGAACGUGGGCGAAUAUCAACAGAGACCAUACACACUGUAGAGCAAGCACAGCUGGGCGAGUUGAGCAAACAAUUGCCGGAAGGUGACAACGAGAAGAGUCCAGCCUACAGAUAUCCCUUCCAGGUGGGCUACACAGAACAGAACACAGACUACACGUUGUACCUAGCGGCGCGGGAGCAUUCUGAGAGAUUGAAUUGGAUACACGACAUCAGAACUGUGUGUAUAUCAAACUCGCGCCGCGCCCGCUACCACCCCGCGGUGUGGUCGGCGCGCCGCUGGGCGUGCUGCGACGCGGAGCGGCGCUCGGCGCCGGGCUGCGCGCUCACGGCCGUGUGGCCGCUGCCGGAGCCCGACCUGCAGCUCAUACUGCACGAGCAGAAACCUAACCUGACUUUAUCGGUCACAGCGGCUGUCACAAUGCCCGGGGGAGGAAGUGGUCCUCCCGGGACGCCCUCGGCUAAACCCAAAGAGAAAAGAACAAAAGUAGUUGUAGCGCUGUAUCCCUUUAAAGCAAUAGAAAGUGGUGAUCUCUCCCUCGAAAAGGGAGCAGAAUACGAAGUUAUAGAUGACUCACAGGAACAUUGGUGGAAAGUUAAAGACGAGAAUGGAUUAGUAGGGUACAUUCCAAGCAAUUAUGUGAAGGAAAAAGAAACCAUAGGAUUACAAAAAUACGAAUGGUAUGUAGGUGAAAUGUCUCGACAACGAGCAGAGUCAUUACUUAAACAAGAAGACAAAGAAGGGUGCUUCGUUGUUCGAAACUCUUCAACCAAGGGCAUGUACACGCUCUCAUUGUAUACCAAAGUUAACCACUCCCAAACAAAACAUUAUCACAUAAAGCAGAACGCGCGAGGUGAAUUCUAUCUAUCGGACAAGCACUGCUGCGCCAGCAUCCCGGAGCUGAUCAACUACCACAAGCACAACAGCGGCGGGUUGUGCUCGCGGCUCAAGGCCACGCCCUGCGACAGGCCCGCGCCGCCCACUGCCGGUCUCUCGCACGAUAAGUGGGAGAUCGACCCAUCAGAGCUGGUGUUGCUGGAGGAGCUGGGCGCGGGGCAGUUCGGCGUGGUGCGGCGCGGCAGGUGGCGCGGCCGCAUCGACACCGCCGUCAAGAUGAUGAAGGAGGGCACCAUGUCGGAGGACGACUUCAUCGACGAGGCCAAGGUUAUGACCAAACUCCAGCACCAGAACCUGGUGCAGCUGUACGGCGUGUGCUCCAAGCACCGGCCGAUCUACAUCGUGACGGAGUACAUGCGGCACGGCUCGCUGUUCAACUACCUGCGCCGCACCGCGCCCGACCAGCUCGGCCCGGCCGUGCUGCUCGACAUGUGCAUACAGGUUUGCAAGGGCAUGUCGUAUUUAGAACGACAUAACUACAUUCAUCGAGAUUUAGCCGCAAGAAAUUGUUUGGUAGGAGACGAAAAUGUUGUAAAAGUAGCAGAUUUCGGUCUAGCGCGAUAUGUCCUGGAUGACCAAUACACGAGUUCGGGUGGGACUAAAUUUCCUAUAAAAUGGGCACCUCCGGAAGUGCUAAAUUAUACACGAUUUUCCUCUAAAUCUGAUGUCUGGGCGUUUGGUGUUUUAAUGUGGGAAGUAUUUACAUGUGGCAAAGUACCAUAUGGACGGAUGAAGAAUUCCGAAGUUGUUGAAAUGGUACAGAGAGGGCAGGUGCUGGAAAAACCCAAAGGAUGUUUGAAUGAAAUAUAUAAUGUGAUGCGAGCGUGCUGGCGGCACGCGCCCGACGAGCGGCCCUCGUUCCGCGUGCUGAAGGAGGAGCUAGCGCAGGUGGCGCACACCGUGCUCGCCGAUUGACUGCGCCUGCUGCUCUGCCUGCUGCGCCCGCCCGCGCGCCGCCCGCUCACCCUGCCGCGCGCGCGCUCCGUGCACGCCUCUCCUACCUAGAUGAUAAGGUUCACUUUCCCUUGUGCGUUACCCGUUUUACAUCUUAUCAUCGCGCAUGCAGAAUAUACGCCCCUAUGUGGUAUGGAUUAAGGUGCACCUUCCUUUGUGCGUUACCCGUUUUACGUCGUAUCAUCGCGCAUGCAGAAUAUACGCCCCUAUGUGGUAUGAAUUAAGGUGCACCUUCCUUUGUGCGUUACCCGUUUUACGUCGUAUCAUCGCGCAUGCAGAAUAUACGCCAAUAUGAGGUUUGUAUUAAGGUGCACCUUCCUUUGUGAGUUAUCCGUUUUAGAACAUCUCAUUGCGCAUGUAGAGUAAACGCCUUUUUGCCGUUUGAGUUAAGGUGCACUUUUCUUUGUGCGUUGUGUGCGUUCGUUGUAGAUCAUAUCAUUGCGAAAGCAGAAUAUACGCCCCUAUGACAUUUGAGUUAAGGUGCACCUUCCUAUUCCGAGUAUACGCCUCUAUUACGUUAUGCUAUUGCGCGUGCAGAGUUUAUUCCUCUAUUGCGUUUGAGUUAAGGUGCCGUUUGCGCAUUUCCCGACUCGUGCGAUAUCAUCGAAUUUUAGAGUUAUCAUCUAUGAAUUAAGGCGCACUUUUUGUUCCAUGUAAUCGUGUUACCGCACGCGCAGAAUACAAGUAGCUAUCAAUAUGAGACGUUUUACAUUUUCCACUAUGCCGUGUCAGUCUCCGGUCAUACCGCAGCCUAUUACUUGUAUGCUAUGGCGUGAUUUUAUUUGCGGUGUUCUAUCAUCAGAAUAUGCUGAUGCACGUGCAGAGUGAAUACUUAAUCACCUACUUAUACGCAUUCACAUCUGAGGCUAUGCCAGCGCACUUGCAAUAUAUACGUCUAUCCAUGUAUGUUACCAAGCACACAGUGAAUCACUCAAAUUCAUUUAUUCAAGAAAACUAUAUGGGAAAUGCGCCGUAUACCGUGUGAAUUCGCGUACAAAAUUAUGCACAUCUAGUUAAACACAAUACGCCGAUUUUAUUAAAUUGGCAUACUUCUCCAGCACCUAUAGUGGACCUUAUAUAGAACGCGUAUUUAAAGUAUAUAAUAGAACACCAACCUGUUGUGUUUAUCACUCGUCCACAUCCUAUAUAAUUGCCUAAUUCCUAAAUACAGCAAAUGGUGCCGUACGCUCGCAGAGUACAUGUAUAUAAUCUUCAUAUUAUUACGAAAAUUACAAUAAAUAACUUACACGUGAUACAAGUCUAAUGAAUGAUUCACGGCUUUUUGUAUCGUCAAACAACAGAAGUGCAAAAUUACGGUCAAAUAUUACAGUGAAAUCUCUUUAAAUAUUUCGCUAUGUACACACAAACUAGAAGUUAUUUACAUAGUAUAGCUGAUAAAUAGUCAAAUGUCCAUCGCUUGAACAUAAUGUACUGCAUCACUGUAAUAUUUUCGAGAACCUAGUGUACCAUUCAUGUGAUGGAUAUACAUUGAAAAUCGCGUAAACAAUUAUGUAUAAAUAUGUGUAGUUUGUUUCAGUACUGAGGGUAAAAAGCGUUUUUGUAAUUUUUGUCCACUUUCUUAAACAUAUAGGUAGUGCAAUGACUGAAACGCACAUUCCGUUAAAUUUAGAAAUGAUGGUUGAUGAUGCGUGAAUAAACAAAUCUAACUGACACAAAUCUGUAUGUAUGAUAAUCCGCCAUCUAAAAGCAUAUAAUAAAAAAAAUGUUAAAAAUGUAUAUAUUUUGAUACAAAAUGUACUUUAUACUAAUAAAUUAGGGAAAAGCUUAACCGCGAUUACAAAUUAUACCGGCCGUCCACUGCUUCCCAUAAGCUCAAUGUCUCAUCAAUUUAACUAAUGUCCGUAAAUACUCAGUAGAAGUAGACAUCGAUUUUUUAUUGAUAUUACAUUAUGAAUCUAAAACGUACCAUGAUAACAACUUAGAAUUCGUAAUUGAUAUGACUGCUUAAGUUUAGUUGUAAAAGAUAAUUCAAUAUAAAAUAGUCUGAAACAGUUGUAUUGAAACGUAAUAAAAAAUAAACAUAUUGUAUGUAAUAAUCAGCAUUUUUCGAUCACUAGUCGGCGAUCUGUAGCAAUCUCGCUUAUUUACACAACAUCAGUAGGUGUUAAUUCUCAAUCACUACGUGGUGUACAUUAUUCAUAAUAGCAUAUCAUUACGUUUUAACUGUAAAUAUUGUAAUAAUUUAAUUAAUUGUAACCUAACAGUAUUCAAAAAGAUGCGUUAGAAAUAGGCUGCUUUAUACGGAAUCGUAUAGCUGAACUGAAUAAAAAUAUGUUCAUUCCCUUAUAGUCAUUGACAUUCCUUCGUUCACAGAUUAUUGUCUCGUACUGAUUUUUUCAUUAAAUAUGAUGGUGUGAUUAUAAGAACCUAGUCAUAUUUUAGGUGAAUAAAUGAUGUAAUUAUUGGCAUUAUACUUGGUUCCAUUUAGGUACGUUUAGCCUGUAAAGGUGGAUCUCACGUAGCCGAGUGUAAAUGUGUAAUGAUUUUCUAUAUAUUUUGUCGUAUUUAAAAUGAAAUUUGAUGAUUUGAUUAAACUUGAUCGAUUUUGAUUUUAUUGAAGCCGUCGAUUCGUUUUUUUUAUAGAAAUACCUACGUAAUUUUAAAUAUUGCAUAUUCUAAACACACAAGUACAAAAAUAUCUCUGUAAAAUUUAAAUGUCAAUUGUAUUUAGUCUGUAUCUGUAAUCUGUUAGCAGAUAAACAAUUUAAGUAUAAAAUGGCUCACUGAAUUUGUCACGCUGAAAGGAAGUUACCGAGUUCAAUAGCGAAUUACAAGUAUUAUUUUAUAAUUACCGCACAUUUCUGAAAAUAUGUUAACUGUUAAUUUUAGAAUUGUAAAUGAUUUUUACGCACUUGAUUGUUCUAAAUCCUUUACGUUAUCAUAUAUUUUCAUUAAAAAGUUAAAUAGUGCCAAUUUUCGUAUUGUCAUACAACGGUAGCUACACAAUCGUAUUCAUAGUUUUAUAUCUAAGACAUGCGACUGAAUAAUAUUAAUUUGCUUUACUCCUUGGUUAUAUAACGACCUAGGUCUUAAAUAUUUUUUUUUUGUAAAUAAUUAAAAUGCAAAUUUGUUUAUUAAACUUUAUGUAAACACUGAUUUUUUGUAAACAUCCGAUUAUUGGAUUUCAGAAUCUUGUCAUAAUUUUAUUGAAUAAUUAUGUAUAUGUUAAUAAUAUUAUGUUUAUUUAAUAUUCAAUAAAUAUUACAAGUAUCGUAACAGUACAAUAUGUUAAAUGCUCUGUUUAGUAUUACUAAGUGUAAUUUGCUUUGAUUUGUACAGCAAUUCAUUUGUAUACCUACUAUUUUGUAAAAUUAAAUAAAUGAAUAUUAUAGAUAUAA